GAAGCGGCCAGUUGCUUGAAGGCUUCUCGACCCACACUCUUGAACGUGCAGCACACUAGAAGUGCCAGGAGUGAGGUGUGCAUCAUUUGCACAGUGCAGUGUACGGGAGCAAUGGGCGCUCCGGAUCAGCAGAACGUCGAGAGUGGCAGGAGUGGCGCCGCGGAGCGAGACCUGCCGAAGGUGGUGGUGGUUGGUGUAGGUUCGUCCGAACCGGUUCCGGUGCAAACACAGGCGCACACAUACAGCGAGGCGCUGGAGAUCGCGGGCCGUGGCCGGUUCCACACGAUCCUGCUGUUUGUGACCGGCUGCUGCCUGAUGAGCGUGGUCAACGAGACGGUCAACGUGGGAUUCAUCAUCUCGGCGGCCGAGUGCGACCUGCAGCUCACCUACACCGACAAGGGCCUCCUGAAUGGGGCCGCCUUCCUUGGCGUGGUCGCCAGCUCGCUCGUCUGGGGCUUCCUCUCGGACACGUGGGGCCGGCGCAAGGUGCUGCUGCUGGCGUCGUGCGGGGCACUCGUUUUCUCGGUGUUGUCCACAUUCUCGCCGGCGGUGUGGGUGCUGAUUGCGACGCGCUUCCUCGUUGGUAUUUUUGUUUCGGGCAAUGCGGCCACCUCGUACGCGUACCUGGCCGAGUUCCACGGUGAGGCCAGCCGGGCCCGCGUGAUAUCGUGGGCGGCCAUGUUCAUGGCGAUCGGGCUCAUCUUCCUGCCGACGCUGGCCUGGGCGAUCAUACCGCUGGAGGGCCGCUUCGACCUGCGGCUGUUCGGGUUGCGCUACGCCAUGUGGCGCGUCUACCUGCUGCUUUGCUCGCUCGAUCUCAUCCUCAUCAUCGCCGGUCUGCUGUUCCUGCCCGAGAGUGGAAAGUUUCUGCUAAUCAACGGCCACCGGGAGAAAGUGCGGCAAAUUUUGGUGCGAAUCUAUCGCUACAAUCGGCGCGAACCGGAACACACAUUCCCGGUCCAGGAGGUGCACCUCGAUCCGAUGGACAAAGCGUACGCCGAUGAGCUGCAACGCCGGGCCAACCUGGGCCUCCGCUACGUCUGCCAGCAGAUCGCGCCCUUAUUCCGCGCACCGCUGCUGCUCCACACGCUCAAGGCGUCGGCGCUGAUGUGCGGGCUGUUUGCCGCGUCGUCCGGCCUGUUCCUGUGGAUCCCGGAUAUACUAAACACGUACGUGCAGCACACGGACAUGAAGCUGUGCGACGUGAUAGCGAUGGUGCACGAGAGUCGAGCGGCCGCCGGCCACACCCAGGAUGGCCAACCCGCAGACAUCUGUCCGAUCGCGAUCAAUGCGAAUAUCUUCAUCAUCACCGCCCUGAUGGGGGUCGUAUUUUUGCUGUGCUACGUCCUCAACGGGUUCAUCAUCAACCUGGUCGGUGCGAAAGCGCUUCUAAACUCGUGGUUCGUGGUGUGCGGCAUCUGCGGCAUCGCCGUGCUAUGGACAUCCGAUUUCUUUCUGACGCUGGUACUGAUCGCCGCUUUCGACGCAUCUGGCUGCCUCGGCGGUAUCCUCAGCGCAAUAUCGGUCGACCUAUUUCCGACUAAUUACCGGGCAAUGGCAAUGUGCCUGAUACUGAUGAUCGGCCGGUUGGGCGCAAUGGCCGGCAGCAACCUGAUCGCCUAUCUACUCAGCAUCAACUGCGCUCUGAUCUUUUAUCUAUUCGGCGGUCUACUGCUCAUAUGUGCAUUAAUUGGGUCGACCUUAACUGGCUAGCCGUAACAGCAAAGCGUUAAGAGAAAAAAAAAUAUGGAAACCUACCAUUUACAGAACAGAGAUUCUCUUGAUGGGUAGAUGCUGCGGAAAGGAACUGCGACUAAUACCGCAGACGAUCUUGCACGCGUUUCUAAAACUCCGCCUAUCAUUAUAGGCCAGUACAUUUUUCCAAGUUAAAUAGUUAAAUGAAGAAAACUUUCACCAGGCGAUUCUUCAAUUAGAUCGAUUUCGUACAAACGGAGCCAUCAUAAUCGCUACAUUAUUAACCAACAAACUGGUACACUUUAAUAGAUUCAACUUUCGAUAGAACGUGAAGGUAGAUUCCGUGAUUCUCGUGUCGCUUAGUAGCUCAAAUCAGUUCUAAAGUGUUUCUUAAAAACAGUGAUAACAAAAAACAACCCGAGAGACUGUCUGGUGCUAUCUUUCAAGUUACUCGAAUGACUGAUUCAAAUGAUUUACGUUAUAUUUUUGCCAUUUGAAUCAACAGGAUAAGUAGCAUGAAAAGCUUAAUUAAAAGGACAUGAAUUACCAUGAAAAGCUUAAUAUGAAUAAAAAUAUUUCCUGGAAAACCAAAACCCGCCAAAGAAAACCCCAUACACCCCAAUGAAAAAUAUACCA